UAUAUCAGUCCACCACCACAACAAAGUAAACCUGAAACAUCCAAAUCGGCAGAAACUGAUGGCUAGGAAGGGAGUACCGGUGAUUGACAUGCAGAGGGUUGAUGGACUAGCAGAGGAAAUAGUGAAUGCAUGUGAGGAAUGGGGCAUUUUUAGAAUAGUCAACCAUGGAGUUCCGGCUGAUCUCUUGGCAGAAAUGAAGACGGUGGUGGCCGCACUCUUUGAUCUCCCGGAGGAGGUCAAGAGGCGGAUAUCUGAAGGUGGCAAUGGCUAUUUUAGAUUCAACGCCGUGAAUCCAUACCUCGAGGGGUUUAGUAUUGAUGAGGUUUCGACCCCAGACGACUUCUUUGAUCGCCUGGAUGUCUCCCCUCACCAAAGGGAGAUUGUAUUGAAGUAUACAAAAGUUAUUCGCGAACUCGCCGGACUUAUUGGCCAGAAGUUAAUGGAAGGGUUCGGUUUGGCCGGAGAUUUGUUUGAUGGAUGGAAUUGCCAAAUGAGAUUUAACAAGUACAAUUUCAGCCUAGAAAGCGUGGGGUCGUGUGGCGUUUUCUUGCACUCCGACCCAUCGUUUGUCACCAUUUUACACGAUGACGAAGACGUGAAUGGUUUGCAAGUGGUUGAUAAAUACUCCGGUGAGCUUAUUCCGGUUGACCCCUUGCCCGGAACUAUAGUUGUUAACGUCGGUGAUAUUGCCAAGGCAUGGAGCAAUGGAAGGUUUUGUAACGUGAAGCAUCGAGUGUGGUGUGUUGAACCGAAAACGCGUUACUCUACAGUUUUAUUCGUGUUAGGGCCGAAAGACAAGAAGGUGGAAGCUCCACCAAAACUUGUGGACUCGGAACACCCUCGUCUUUACGUUCCCAUAGAUAUCAAGGAAUAUAGAAAUGCCCGAAGUGCGAAGAGGUUACACACCGGUGAAACCCUCGAGCUAUUUAGCACCUCUGGGAUAUGAAUAACAACAUUGCUUCUCUCCAUUUAUGAAUCUUAAUAAGGUUGUGUUGUUGUUGUUGCUACUUUGUUGUUGUUAUUGUUUGCACAUGUGAUAUUAAUAAUAAUAAUCAAUAUUUGGAUUUAUAUUAUUCACAUUGA